AUGGCCGACUCGUUCAAGGCGAAGAAGCUGCCCAAGGGGAAGCGGCGCUCCCCGGAGCCGCACGCCUACGACCCGUGGGGCUGGGGGGACGCCGAGUGGGACUGGGAGCUGCCGCCGCCCCGGGUCUGCUGGGAGUCGGAGAGGGCCCCCCGCGCCCCCGUCGAGACGGCGCCCCGGGGGAGGGGGGGGAGGGGCCGGGAUUCGUGGGGGGGAGGGAGCCCCCCCAAGGAGGAGGAGGAAGAGUCCUGGAGGGGGAGGGGCCGGGAUCCGUGGGGGGGAGGGAGCCCCCCCAAGGAGGAGGAGGAAGAGCCCUGGAGGGAAAGGGGUCCUCGCAGAGGAGGGAGGGGCUGGGAUCCGUGGGAGGGAAGGAGCCCCCCCAAUGAGGAAGCGGAAGAAGAGCCCCCCCAGCAUGAGGAGGAGGAGGACCCCUUUAGCAGGAGGAGCCGGUGGGGCAGCCGGGAGAGGGAGCCCCCCUCGUGGGAGCAGCCGCCUCCGGCCAAAGCCCCCCGGAAAUCCCACUGGGGGGGCAGCCCCACGAGGGAAGCAGGGACGCGAGUGCUGCUGACGCCGCCAAGGCAGAGCAGCCCGGAGCAGGGCCCCCCCCACAGGCCGCGGGGCCGGGGGGAGUGGGACUCGGCCAGGCACGGGGUCCGCUCCCCCGGCAGCCCCCCUCGGGGUGGGAGCUGGUGGGGCGAGGCUGAGAGGAGGCAUGGGGAGAGCCCCGGCCGAGAGGAAAGGGGGCGCGGGAGGCAGGCCGAGGAGGGACCCCGGGACGAGGCGCCCUGGGGCGGCUCGGAGCACGGGGGGGUUUUGGGCAGCCUCGAGCGGCUGGCAUGGGAGCAGGGCGGGGACCAGUGGAGGAACCCCGACUGGGUCAAGGACCAACCCGCCACCCUCACCAGGGGCGGAAGCCCCGCAAGGUCCAACUGGCAGCACAGCCAGAGCGGAGACCCCGACGGCUGGGGCAGCUCCGCCAGUUUCCAGAGCGGGUGGGCGGCUGACGGAACCGAGGAGGGCACCCCCGAGAUGGAAGAGGAGCUGGGGUGGGACGCUGCCGGAGAGGACGGCAUGCCAGCGGGCUCAGACGGCGCCCACCCCACCCCGCAGAAGUGGACGCCGUGCCAGGAGGUGGUGGACUACUGGACGAGGGCGUGCCGCACCUGCCUGAGCCUCCGCCAGAGGAGGAGGCUCAUGUCCUUCUGCCCGCGCCCCACCUUGCCCGACCGGAGCCACGAGACGCCCGCCCUCAACGCCGACAUUGCCAGCCUGGGCGUUGCGCCGCAUCAGAGGGCAGAUCUGGUCGAUGCCCAGAAGCUGGGCUGGCUCCAGGACGAGGUUCUGGACACGUUGGCCCCGGCCAUGAGCGUCUACGAGAUGGCCGAAGAGGCCCUGGAGAAGCGGGCGCCUGUGGACCCCCUGGAAUUGCGGGAGUGCGCCCAGCGCCUCCUUCGCCUCCUGGGCAGCCUGAGCGCCCGGCUGACCCUCCACCGCCGCGUCAAGGCCCUGCGCGCCAUCAACCCCCGCCUGCAGUCCAUCUGCUCCAAGAUGACCAGCCGCAAUUGCAACGGGAUGCUCUUUGGCGAGGACAAAGUCCAGCUCCUGAAGGAGCUGGUGGCCAGGUUCCCCCAGCUCACCCAGAACAACACCACCUACAAGCGGACCCGCACUCAGCGCCGGAGGAGCAAGGUCUACAGCGGCCAGCCGCCCCAAGGCGCAGGAACUCAAGGUGGUGGAAUGCUUUGCUUCAAGGAGGAGUUCCAGCAGACGGACACCGUCUCACAAGGUAUCUGGGCCGGCACAGAUAGCUCCCUGCCUGAGACCCAGCAGGACCAUGCGCUGAACUGGUCAGACUUCGGUUCCUGAUUGGUCGGGGACGGGGCAGCAGAAAAACCAAUGGUGCCCGCUUGCCAAACUCCCCCCCCCCUUUCUCAGGGGCUUAACUGGCCCCACAGACACCCAGAAGGAACCCCCCCUUACCAGGGGCAGAGGGAACUAUUUUUGCAACAGAGAGGGGGAGCAGAGGGGCCAGGAAGCCGGAAGCAGACCGUUCCUCUCGAUGGAAGAGACCCCCCCACCGCACUUGCCCCCCCGCCUGCUCAAGAGCCUGUCCCUUGGGGAGCCAAGCAGGGCCACCAUUGAGCAGUUGGGUGGCCACAGAGCAGAAUGGAGCCAAGAAGACAACACUUUUAAACACGACUCUCCCAAUCCUCUCUUGACUCUGCAGCGAGACUGUCUGCCCCCCCCCCCGGGGGGAGCGCAAGGUCAAGCAGGGGCGUUUUAUUGCAAGCCCCCCCCCCUUUGUGUGAAAGGCCUCUUGGUUUUCAGAGAGAAGACAUAGCUUCCUUCCAUUACAAGAAGAGUUUUUUCUCCCAAUGGUGCAAAACUGUUUCUGUUUGAACUUGAUUUUUUUGUUGUUGAAUAUUUUCUGUGGUUUUUUGCGGGGGGUGCUUGCUGGCAGCAGGAAAGCCCAGACCCCUCCUUUUUAAAGGCCUUUUGCCUCGCAACAGAAGGGGGCAGCCUUUUCAAUUCUUGGGCUUUCCUGCAUUUUUGUUUCCUGACGGAGGCGUCUUGUGGCAGGGAGUUCCAGCUGGGCUCAUAAAUUUUUUUGCCUGCUUCCCCCCUCAAAAAAUAGUUUUCACCUGGGGGCAGGAAACAGACCCAUGGGACUUUUUUCUUUUUUGGCCGAUGGUUUUCCCGUGUCGGAUCUUUGGCGGACUCUCUUUUUUUCCUCCUCCACCCAAAUCGGCUGCUUGGCUGAAGACACCACGUCCCGACGGCUGAGGUCCGAGAGGAGACUCCCCCAGGUUAAGAGGACCACGUUUGCUCUGUUCCCUGAAGGAUGUUUGAUGGAUUCCUGCAAAGAGGGUCCGGGGGAACUGACCGAUUCCUUAUUGGUUUGCAACCGAAGCGGCGAUCGGAACUGGAGCAAGAGCUUGGAAGUCUGUUUCUGGGGACCUUCUCUAGUUGAAUAAAUGUUCUUUUGUCUUCACAA